AUGCCUGCAACAUGCAUCUGCUGGACCUUGGGAAGGCUGUCAAGAAGGCCGUCACCUCCCUGGGGAUGCUGGGCUGGCAGUACAAUACAAUUGGCGUCUCUGAUGCCAUCACUAUGGGUCAUGAAGGUACGUUCAAAUCAAAUAUAUACAUAUAUGCAUACAUAUAUGUAUAUGUACAUGUCCAAUAAAUGUUCACGGACCUAUGUCGAACUAAACGUCAGCCACUGUCUAGGUAUGCGGUUUUCCCUACAGUCAAGAGAAAUCAUAGCCGAUAGCAUCGAGACAGUCACCUGUGCGCAGUACCACGAUGCCUGCAUUGCGAUUCCCGGCUGCGACAAGAACAUGCCGGGAACCAUAAUGGCCAUGGGUCGCCAUAACCGACCAUCGCUGAUGAUCUACGGUGGUACGAUCCAGAUUGGCUAUUCCAAAGUCUUGCGGCAGCCAAUCAAUAUAUCGACGUGCUACGAGGCUGCGGGAGCUUAUGCAUACGAUCAGCUCAAGCAGCCAGACGAUGGCGGCGACCAGAGUAAGACCAAAGACGAGAUAAUGGAGGAUAUUGAGAGACAUGCCUGUCCCAGUGCCGGCGCCUGCGCCGGCAUGUUCACGGCCAACACCAUGGCCACCGCCAUCGAGAGCAUGGGUCUCUCCCUGCCGGGCUCUUCGUCUACUCCAGCUACGGCCCCAGCCAAGAUGAGGGAGUGUGUCAAGGCGGCGGAAGCCAUCAAGACGUGCAUGGAGAAGAACAUCCGGCCCCGGGACCUGCUCACCAAGAGGUCGUUUGAGAAUGCGUUGGUGAUGACGAUGGUGUUGGGCGGGAGCACCAACAGUGUGAUCCAUUUCAUCGCCAUGGCCAGGUCGGCAGGCAUGGAGCUGACCAUCGACGACUUCCAGCGUGUCAGCAACAAAGUGCCCUUCAUCGCCAACCUCUCACCCAGCGGGAAGUAUUAUAUGGCCGACCUGUACGAGAUCGGAGGCACCCCGUCCGUCCAGAAGCUGCUCGUGGCUGCCGGCCUGCUAGACGGAGACAUCCCAACAGUGACAGGAAAGACGCUGGCCGAGAACAUCGCCUCUUUCCCUUCCCUCUCACCGGGACAAGAUAUCAUCCGCCCUCUCGACAACCCCAUCAAGGCCACUGGACACCUGCAGAUCCUGAGAGGGAACCUCGCUCCGGGAGGUGCCGUAGCCAAAAUCACAGGGAAAGAAGGCACCAAAUUCACCGGUAAGGCUCGAGUGUUCGAUCGUGAAUCUGAACUGAACUGCGCACUCUCCCGCGGCGAGAUCCCACGGACAGAGAACCUGGUCCUCAUCGUCCGGUAUGAGGGCCCCAAGGGCGGUCCGGGCAUGCCAGAGCAACUCAAGGCCAGUGCUGCUCUCAUGGGGGCCAAACUGACCAACGUCGCCCUGAUCACAGAUGGACGGUACUCCGGUGCCAGCCACGGCUUCAUCGUGGGCCAUAUCGUUCCUGAGGCAGCCGUGGGAGGUCCCCUGGCCAUCGUCCAGGACGGAGACGUCAUCACCAUCAACGCAGAGACGAACGAGCUCUCGAUGGCCGUCUCUGACGAAGAGAUUGCUGCAAGGCUGAAGGACUGGACGCCGCCGGAACCGCGAGUCACUCGGGGUGUCUUGGCGAAGUAUUCUCGAUUGGUUGGAGAUGCGUCUCACGGUGCGAUGACCGAUUUGUUUUGA